AAAAAUUCUCCCAUCCCGGAUUACUGGUUUUCGACAGUAAUUUUGCUGGAUACAGUCCAAGAAGAAGCGCAGAUAUAUAUAGUAAAGGCUGGUGUUCAACAAAGUAUCCAGUCAAUCAGUCGCUGGAUUGAAGAGAACCAACAGCAAGCAUGGCUCCACGUGCUAUGAUUCAAGCAGCUUUCCUAGGACUCCUAGUUGUGUCCACAGCAUUUGCUGAAAAACUCAAUAGCAAUGAGAAAUCAGAAUCCAUAACUGGUAAAAGUCUUGGAGGAUCUGCUUCCGAGAAAGCCAAUUUCCCUUUCUCUAACCCAUCUAUAUUCUCAUUCGGAGCUAAGAGCUUUGGCCCAUCAACCCCAGCUCCAUUCAACUUCGACAGCUCAUUCUCAACUACCGCUGCACCUUUCAAAUCCGUUUCAUACAGCUCUACACCAGCACCGUUCGUAUUCGGCAACUCUUUCGCGUCGAAUGCUUACUCCGGCGCCGCUGCAGCUCAAUCCUUCGAUGGUGCUUCGUUCAUUGGAUCGUCCACACCAGCUCCCUACUUCGAUGGAUCUUUCGGUUCAUCUACUCCAGCAGCUUUAAUCGGAUCGUCUACCCCAGCACCUUUCUUGUCUGGUUCUGCUGUCUCUAGUGCUGCACUAUCUGACGCGAGCUUUGCGUAUUCGUCCACUCCCGCUUCAGCCUUAUUGGCCGGAGCUUCACCAGUUGUGUCAUCCACCCCAGAACCGGUUGUUCUGAACAGAUCACCGGCUUUUGCUACAUCAUACGGUUCAUACUACUCAGCUUACGCCCCAUCGUACGCCCAAGGAGCAAUUGUCAAGUCUGACUCAAUUAGCCACGAUGCUGUUGAAGUACCAGCUGUUGCUAACGCCCCAGCACCUCAUCACGAAGUUACCAUCACAAAGGAAGUUCCAGUUCCAUACUACGUCCAAGUUGAAAAGAGAGUGCCAUACCCCGUGUUGGUCCGUGUACCACACCCAUACCCAGUCACAGUAGAAAAACACGUGCCAUACGCCGUUAAGGUCAACGUAGACCGUCCAAUUCACGUUCCUCAACCGUACCCAGUAGAAAUUGAGAAGAGAGUGCCAUACCCAGUUGAAAAGCCAGUACCUUAUGAAGUGAAAGUCCCAGUCGACAGGCCAUACCCAGUUCAUGUUCCAGUCGAAAAACCCGUCCCGUACGCAGUUGAGAAGCCCGUCCCAUACCCAGUGCGAGUCAAUGUUGACAGACCUUACCCAGUGGAGAAACCAGUGCCAUACCCAGUCCCAGUUGAAAAACCAGUGCCUUACCCAGUGGAAAAGGCUGUGCCAUACCCAGUAGAAAAAUUGGUACCAUACGCAGUUGAAAAGAAGGUUCCAUACCCAGUCAGGUACGAUGUCCCAGUCAAAGUACCAGUUCCAGUGGAAGUCAGAGUACCAGUAUCUGUAGACAGACCAGUGCCAUACCCAGUAGAAAAGAAGGUUCCAUACCCAGUCCAAGUCCCAGUUGAAGUCAAGGUCCCAGUUCCAGUUGCAGCCCCAGCUCAACGUUUCGCUACAGUCCACUACUACCAACAAUCUCCCGUCGGUUAUGGAUACGAAUCCAGUCAAGCUUUUGCUGGCCAAGCUGGAUACAAAGCUUUUGCCGCACAAUCUAACGAUGGUGUACCAAACGUCUACUACAACACACCCGCAAACGCCGUUAUUCUUAACAACCAAAACUUGAAAACACCAGAACAAUUAGCUCUGACCGGCACCAAAGUAACAUACAGCUCAUCUGGAUUAGCUCCAUCUUUUGAUGGUGCAUCUGCAUAUGGUUUUGCUUCUGGAAUCGCUCCAGCCUCUGGCAGUUCAUUCUACAGCUCUACUCCAGCAUCUGCAAGUGCUUUGUUCAGCUCUACAGCUAGCCCAGUAACCUCAUACAGCACAACUGCCAGCCCAGCUGGACUCUUCGGCUCAAACUUUGACGGUUUCAGUAGUACAUCAGCCCCAUUCGGUUUCGGCCAACAGUCUUUCUUCGGAUCAUCAACCCCUGCUCCAUUCAACUCUUUUUCCGCUGGAUCAGCUGAUGCAUCAUCUUUAUUCAAGUCAGCUAACUUUGGAUCUGCUGGUCAAGAAGCAGUUGCCAUUGGAGGUUCAUCCGCCAAGACCCAAGAAAAAGUAGAGUCCAAAACUGAAGACUCAAACGUUGUAAAGAAAUAGAUUUUGUAUACUUCUAUUAAAAUUGAAAUAUGCACAUUUACGUUUUUAAAAAUCUACUGAAAAAUAGAACUAUUUUCAAAUAUAUAUAAUAUGUAUAUAUUUUUAAAUAUUUUCUAUAAUUAUGAAUAAUUUGACCACACUUUUUAUAAGUUAAGUAUUCAUUCAUUUGUAAAAUUAUAAAUAAAAGAAAUGCAUUAAGUACCUAUAAAA